GUUUUAAAGUCUCUGCCAGACUUGGGCUCACACGCUAUUUCCUGGAUGGACGGAGGAAUGGAAAGCUUCCAGCGCCUCUUCACCACCACCACCACCACAACCACCGAUACCGACUCUCCCCUCUGUGUGUGCCCGCCGAGCGCUGCCUCCACCGCCGCAGCCGCCGGAGCGACGCCGCGCUGUGUGGACCGCUGCUAGUCUCCCCUUUUGCUGCAUAUAUAUAGCUCCACACACACACACGCUCCUCCAUCACCAUCACCAUCAGGAUCCCAGUGUUAUGCUCAUGUCAGGGGAUCUCAGGGGGAUUUUGGGACGGAAAGACUCUUCACUGGACCUCUAAAAAAUAAAAAUAAAACAAAUCCACCGCCCUCCACCUCCACCUCUCCGCCGUGCCCAGGCUCCGUCUGCGCUCCGUCUCCGGCGCAGCUUUUUACGCAGCCAAGGCGUCGCUGAUUUGCCCGCAAAAAUUAUAUAAAAAGGAGGAGAAACUCAACAGUUGUUGCUGCUUUUUGUUUGCAUGUCGACGUGCAUAUUACUGCCAUGUGGAGGCUACUGCAAUCGUGCUGUUUCUGCUGCUGCUGGAUUUUCUCUCUGGUUUUGCCUGCCUUCGUGCUCCUCCGGGCCGACUGUCAUCCCGCGCUGACAGGAAACCAAGAUGUGUCCCAAACCCCUAUCCAAGGCCUUCGCAGAGCCGCAGCUAGUGGGACACGACUCCGGAGAGCCACGGGCGAGGAGACCUACUGGGCCUACUCAGGUAUAUACGGGCCAGACGAAGGCUGGGCAUCAUCCUAUCCAGCAUGCAGAGAGAGAAACCAGUCCCCCAUUAACAUUGUGGACCAGGAUACCAAAGUAUCCACAGAGUAUCAGGAACUGACACUGGAGGGCUUUGAUACUGAAUCCUCUAAUAAGACAUCUAUGAAGAACACCGGCAAAACAGUGGCCAUUAUGUUGAAGGACGAAUACUUUGUACGAGGAGCAGGCCUACCAGGGAGGUUUAAGGCAGAAAAAGUGGAGUUUCAUUGGGGUCCAAACAAUGGAUCUGAAGGAUCUGAACACAGCAUCAACGGCCGCCGUUACCCUGUGGAGAUGCAGAUCUACAUGUACAACUCCGAUGACUUUGACAGCCUCAGUGCAGCUCUGACGGAGAAGAGGAUCAUUGCCGCCAUGGCAGUUUUUUUUCAGGUGGGAGGGAAGGACAAUCCUGCUGUCGACCCCAUAAUCCACGGCCUGAAGGGGGUGGUCCAUCACGAAAAAGAGACUGUCCUGGAGCCAUUCGUGCUAAAGGACCUGCUGCCAUCCACGCUGGGAAGUUAUUAUCGCUACACCGGCUCUCUGACCACCCCCCCCUGCAGUAAGGUAGUGGAGUGGAUCAUCUUCAGCAGACCUAUCUAUGUCUCCUACAAACAGUUGGAGGCCUUCUACUCCAUCUUCACCACAGAGCAGCAGGACCAUGUGAAGUCGGUGGAGUAUCUGCGCAGCAACUUCAGGCCCAUCCAGAGCUUGGACAACCGUCACGUCUUCAAGUCAGCAGUCAAAGACGCCUGGCUGCCGGAUCUGACUGACAGCGGCAGCGGGCCGUACGGCACCGAGGCUUCCAAAGCAUGCAGCAGUGCUCCCAUCAACAUGAAGGUGCAGCAUGUGAACGCCAGUGCCCUGGUUGUGCGCUGGGCGCGUCCCGAGGUCACCUACCACCCGCCCAUCCUCCACUUCCUGGUGUCGUACAGCUGGACCACCCACGACGACAGCUACGAGGAGACGCACCUCACCGACGCCAAACACAAACUGGAGGCCGUCAUCUCUCCCGUCUCCCCUGAUGUGCUCUACCUGUUCCGAGUCCAGGCCAUCUGCAUGAAUGACAUGCGCAGUGACUUCAGCCAGAGCAUGCUCUUCAGAGCCAACACCACCAGGAUCUUUGAGGGGACGAGGAUCGUGAAAACUGGAAUGCCGACGGUGUCUCCAGCCUCCUCGGCCGACAUGGCUCCCAUCUCCUCCGGCUCAUCUACCUGGACCUCCUCAGGCAUCCCCUUCUCCUUUGUGUCCAUGGCGACAGGAAUUGGCCCGUCCUCCAGUGGCAGCCAGGCGACGGUGGCGUCCGUAGUAACCAGUACCUUGCUGGCCGGCCUGGGCUUCAGCGGCGGUGUUAUCUCCUCCUUCCCUAGCUCCGUUUGGCCGAGCAGAGCGCCGACCCAAAACCCCACCUCCACGCGUCAGAGCACCGACGCGCCCGGGCCCGCCAAAAGCGCCGCGGCGGUCGCAGCCACAGAUAACAGCAAAGCUGGGGGUGAGGACGGAGAGCACAGCCAGGGCCAAGGAGAGGACGGAGAGAAGGAAGGAGAGGAUAAGGACGAAGAGGAAGAAGAGGAGGAGAAAGAGGAGAAGAAGGAGAGAAAGGGAUCAGGAGGGGUGGCCGAGGCCGGGGGGGAGGACAACAGCUCGGCGGUGAAUGAGCCACCCAGCCAGACACCGGACACUACCGCAAAGGAGAAAGAACCAGAUCCAACUAGCACGCCACCUGGUGAAAAAGGCCAACUGGAUGUGUAUACCCACAAUCCAUUUGACUCCACUUCCGCCACAGAGGCAGCCAAUGAAAAGGCAGAGUUCCUUGCCCCCCAUGACCCAGAGCCGACGCUCAGACCCAGCUCAAGGGGGGACAAGAAGCACUGGCCUUUCUCCAUCCACACUGACGGUCCCAGUGGCGGAACCAACCUGACCCACCAUGCCAGGCCCGGCACCGGGGCGGGGAUGGGCCGUGUGGAGUGGCUGGUGCCGUUGGUGCUGGUUUCAGCUCUGACCUUCCUGUGCCUGGUUCUCCUGCUGGCCGUGCUCGUCUACUGGAGGUGGGUGCAACAACACCAGAACGUAUCAGCUACUUUGUUGGGUGUUUUUUGCACUUUUUUGAAGAUGAACACCAUUCGCUCUUUGGUCUGUAUCAAAUACAGGCGCUGUUUCCAGACAGCCCACUUCUACGUGGAAGACAACAAUUCACCCAGGGUGGUACCCAAUGAGACGACCCCUGUCAUCCCCAUUCCAGAUGACAUGGAGGCGAUUCCAGUCAAGCAGUUCGUCAAACACGUCUCUGAGCUCUACUCAAAUAACCAACGGGGAUUCUCUGAAGACUUUGAGGAGGUUCAGCGGUGCACUGCCGAUAUGAAGAUCACGUCCGAGCACUCCAACCACCCUGACAACAAGCACAAGAACAGAUACAUCAACAUAGUGGCCUAUGACCACAGCAGGGUGAAGCUCAGGCCGCUGGCUGGGAAGGACUCCAAACACACCGACUACAUCAACGCCAACUAUGUGGAUGGUUACAACAAGCCCAAAGCAUACAUCGCAGCCCAGGGACCUCUCAAGUCCACCUUUGAGGACUUUUGGCGGAUGGUUUGGGAGCAAAACACCUGCAUCAUCGUCAUGAUCACCAACCUAAUGGAGAAAGGCCGGAGAAAGUGUGACCAGUACUGGCCAUCAGAGAACAGUGAAGAGUACGGCAACAUGGUGGUCACACUGAAAAGCAGUUUAGUGUACGCCUGCUACACUGUCCGCUGCUUCACAUUGAGCAACACCAAAGUCAAAAAGUGUGGGAAGGGGAACCCUAAAGCACGGGUCCAGAGUGAACGGACGGUGCUCCAGUAUCACUACACCCAGUGGCCCGACAUGGGUGUCCCUGAGUACACCCUGCCCGUCCUCACCUUUGUCCGCAGGUCCUCAGCCGCCCAGAAGCCUGACAUGGGCCCCAUGCUUGUCCACUGCAGUGCUGGAGUGGGACGGACGGGGACGUACAUCGUGGUAGACAGCAUGCUGCAGCAGAUCAAGGACAAGAGCACAGUUAAUGUACUGGGCUUCCUCAAACACAUUCGCACCCAGCGCAACUACCUAGUCCAGACUGAGGAACAGUACAUCUUCAUCCACGAGGCCUUGAUGGAAGCCAUUUUGGGGAAGGAGACGGAAGUGUCAGCCAACCAGCUACACAGCUACUUCCACAGCAUCACGACGCCCGGACACAGCGGGCGGACUCAUCUGGAGAAACAGUUCAAGAUGGUUACACAGUGUAACGCCAGAUUCAUGGAAUGCUUUAACGCUCAGAAGGAGUGCAACAAAGAGAAAAAUCGGAAUUCCUCCGUGGUGCCGUCGGAGCGAGCGAGGGUGGGCCUAGCACCUUUGCCCGGCAUCAAAGGCACGGACUACAUUAACGCCUCUUACAUCAUGGGUUACUACCGGAGUAAUGAGUUCAUCAUUACCCAGCAUCCUCUGCCUCACACCACUAAAGACUUCUGGAGAAUGAUCUGGGACCACAAUGCACAAAUUAUUGUUAUGCUGCCGGCAAACCAUGGACUGGCAGAGGAUGAGUUUGUGUACUGGCCCAGUCGGGAGGAGGCCAUGAACUGUGAGGCGUUCACUGUCACCCUCAUCAGUAAAGACCGGCUCUGUCUGUCCAAUGAGGAGCAGAUCAAUAUCCACGACUUCAUCCUGGAAGCAACGCAGGAUGACUAUGUUUUAGAGGUUCGGCACUUUCAGUGCCCCAAGUGGCCGAAGCCCGACGCCCCCAUCAGCAGCACCUUCGAGCUCAUCAACGUCAUCAAAGAGGAGGCGGCCACCCGCGACGGACCCACCAUCAUCCACGAUGAGUUGGGAACAGUGUCCGCCGGCACGCUAUGUGCCCUCACCACCCUGUCUGAGCAACUGGAGAGCGAGGGGGCCGCUGAUGUCUACCAAGUGGCCAAGAUGAUCAACCUAAUGAGACCCGGAGUCUUCACAGACAUUGACCAGUACCAGUACCUAUACACAUCUCUGCUCAGCCUCGUCAGCUCCAAGGACUACAGCUCGUGCACCCUGGCCGGAGACAGUAAUGGGACCAUGGCGUCCAUGUCCGACCAGUCUGACCAGGCAGAGAGCAUGGAGUCCCUGGUGUGAGAGGGGCCCUUCAGGGGGCUUGGAGCUUAGCGGAGCAGAGGGCGUCUGGGGGCUCUCGGAGCUCCAGAAAGGAGCCACUUACCUUUGUAAAACGUCAAGGAACUCUUGUGAACAAGACUUUUUGAGGCCUUUUUGCCAGACUCUUGGUUAAAACGAAUAACCUGAUUACUUUUUUACACUGAUAAAAAGUUUUUGAUAUUUAUUUUUUUCGCCAUUUUAUGUCUUAAUGUUCUCCUACUGAAGGGAUUGCACCUGCGUUUUUAAGUUUGACGACGGCGUCGGUCGGUAGGCAACGAGAAACACUCUUCUGUCUUUUCUUGUUUGCACUAUACAAUGUCAGUGUUACUGCCUAUACUAAAGCUGACUCACUUGGCUUUUCUCCACUCAAGCUCUGAAUUUUUUUUUUUUUUUUUCGACAUUCCAUGGCUUUGGCCCUUAUUGAAUCAACUGCUUCUGUGAAGGACAUUGUUCUGCCUGCCAGCUACCAGUUGAUUUAAAGACAGUGGGCAGAGGAAGGCACCGACUCUCCGCCUCAGUAACAAAAUGCUGUUUGACUACAGCUCAGCGUGACCUCCUCCGCCCUGCUCACAUAUCCUACUGAUAUUACCACUCAUGUAUCACAAGAACCGAGAUCUUGGAACCUAUUGCCACAGACAAGUAGCGCUUGUUUUUAGUGAGUAGUUUCCUCUUUAUCGUUCAGUAGGGUCGGGCAUCGUUGAUGUGAACAAUUCUAAUUCCAAUUGCGAUUCUUCCUUCCGAUUCCGGCUCUUAUCAAUUUCGAUUCUUUGAGGGUGGAGUUGAAGCGGGUCACAUGCUCAUGCUGCGCUCUAUUAUCCUCAGCGAUCCAACUCGGACCACGGAUAUCGGAAUUCUUGCUCGGUGUCUACAAGGCUUGUCCGAGUUCCGAGCUCUGAAAUCCGAGGAAAGCGGGGGCAUGUUGGUGUGUGUUGCUAGGCAACGUCUGACUUUCUAGUUGGAACUCCGACUCAGAUAAAUUAAUAGAACGCAGCAAUAUUGCCCAGAUAAGAGGAACAUUUGAUUUUGAUUCUAUGGUGAAGUACAGUUUCACCACCGGAGAGCCACACUGGAGCGCCGCUUACUGUGCUCCAUGGCUGCAACACAACGAGCGCCUGGAGGUACGGAGGUCGCUACGGAAACCAAAACUUGCGUGUGUUAAAUAUGGAAGCGACGAUCGGAUUCAAAGAUUCAGAAAUUUGCCAAACAAUUCCAAAACACCAAUAAAAAAGCAAUUCCAUUGGAAUCGUGAUUUUCUUUUUUUAAGAAGCGAUUCCAAGCUGGAACCGGUUCUCGAUGCCCGAUCCUACCAUUCAGUUUCUGUUUUGUUUUUUUCUUGUUUUCUUGUCACACUCCCUCUUUAUUAGCGAGUCACGCCCAUGUUAGAAUACCUAAGGUGGUGUAAUGACUGCUACUGUGAAGUUUUAUUAUUAUUUCUUUGUACUAUUCAUAUUAUGCUUUUUAAUAUAUGGAAAUACUGUAUGUAUACAUAUAUAAAUAUAUCCUUAUCAUAAUAACUUUG